AGCCGCAUAGGCAAUGUCAAACACGCGGGCAUCAAAAGCAAAAUAAAGCAACGUGCGUGCUCAUUUUCGUCCUACAAAUUCGUAAACAAAACAGUAAUUUAAUUAACUUUACACCGCAUACUCGUUGAAUAUAGUUUACCGAAAUGUCUCUACGCAUCACCGACGCUACGGAAGGUCAGCUGCAAGUACACCUAACCACCAAGCAGAAACAGUAUGCGGUUCCGGAUGUUCCAUACUCGAUCCGCGCCAACGUCGGUACGGCCGAGCUAAAUACGCUGCUGAGCACACUACUGAAGGACUCGGGCAAAGAGAAUGUGACUAAGAUAAAGUUCGAUUUCCUGCUGAAUGGAGAGUUUGUGAAAACUGCCCUGUCGCAGCAUUUGAAGGAACGGGACAUCUCGUUCGAAGAUACAAUCGAGCUCGAGUACGUGGAGCGUUAUCCUGCCCCAGAACCACAGGAUUGUCUGUUGCACGACGAUUGGGUGUCGGCGGUCCAGGCAAAAGAUGGAUGGAUUCUUACCGGCACGUACGACAAUACGGUGAAUCUGUGGAAUACGAAGGGCAAACACAAACUUACCAUCCCCGGACACGUGGCACCGGUUAAGGGAGUGGCAUGGAUAUCGUUGAACGAGCAGACCGGUGUUUUUGCCAGUGCGAGCCACGAUCAGACCGUCAUGAUCUGGGAGUGGAAUGUAACGAGCAAUUCGGUCGAGUGUGUGCACGUGUGCAAAGGGCACGAGCGUGGCGUUGGCUGCAUUGCGGUCAAUCCAUCCAAGACGCAGAUGGCCUCGGGCAGUAUGGAUACGAUGCUGAAGAUCUGGACUACCGAGCUGCACAAUGACAAGGGAGAACCGUCCGCCACGAAGAAGGCAAAGCUGGAGCAAGAUAAUGUCCGCACGCCGGUAAUUACACUAGCCGGGCAUCGUGAGUUUGUGUCGGGCGUGCAGUGGAUCGACAAUACGACCGUCGCUACUUGCUCCUGGGAUCACACGAUUAAGCUAUGGGACCUUACGCUUGGUGGUAUCAAGUCGGAAUUUUCCGGCAACAAGUCGUUCUUCGAUCUGAGCUACUCACCGUUAAAUGGCAUGAUCAUUACCGCUUCCCCAGACAAAAAUCUUCGCCUUUAUGAUCCACGUUCGAAGCAUGGUAAUUUCGUGAAGAACACUUUCCUUGGACACACGCAAUGGGUACAGACUUGCCGGUGGUCGACAACGAAUGAGUAUCUGUUCGUUUCCGGCGCGUACGAUAAUCGCGUCAAGAUGUGGGACUAUCGCUCUCCGAAGGCUCCAAUCUUUGAACUGAUCGGUCACGAGGAUAAGGUGCUGGCGUGCGAUUGGUCCAACCCGAAGUACAUCCUAUCCGGCGGAUCGGACAACGCGCUGCGCGUUUUCAAAUCGAAAAUAGCAGUUAAUAACGCGACCGACGAUUGAACUAUUUCCGACUUUAAAUGUUAAGCAAACUAGAUUGUCCGUUUGGAAGCAUACGAUAUUGUAAAUGUGUA